AUGUUUCAUAGCUCCUCUAUCGAACGAGAAACCAACGGAGAUUCAGCUGGUGGAAGCACCGAAUCAUCUGCAAGCAUGGCAUCAUCCUUUCCACAGCAUGUCACAGUGAUCCAGUCUUGUAAUCCAUCCAAUGAUCAAGCGCUUUUCGAAACUUUUUUCGGAUUCAAAGUGGAACAACAACAACAACAACAACAACAAGGCGAUUGUCAACCACAACAAAACGCUGCUGCACCUGAAACCAUCAUUCUGACUCGAAAUCAUCAGUGCGUGGUACUGCUCCCAGUGUCGCCCAAAUCACCGCCUUCUCCAUCUUCUUCUUCUGCUGUAAAACAGAAUGCUAUGUCAAUUCUUAUAUUCGAUGAAUCGACCAUGACAAAUGCAAGAACAGGAGAUGCUGCUGCCAUGGAAGGACUUCCAAAAGUGGAAUGGAACACCAUACCCGUCAAAUCCAAAACCAACGACGAAAUAAUUGCUGUUCCGACAGCCACUAUCAUCCUUUCUACGGGUCACAUACUCAUAGCAACCACUCUUCUGGGAUGGAAGACACCUUCUGCACGGGCCAAAGUGGUACAAUUUGCGGCGACACAACAACGGUUGGCCACUCCCACCCUCACAAGACGGCCAAGUUUUGGUUCCAAACUCUUUUCGUCCGUCAGCAAGCGAAAAGUAGCAUUGCAACGGCAAUCCUCUCUAUCCAGUUCACCCCCUUCCGUUUCAGAUGAUAUCAGCGAACAACAACAGCAAACACCACCCAACAACAAGUCCACCAGCGAGAAAUCAUCACGAUCGUUCUCGCCCACCAACAGCAGUCGUACUAGCAGUACUAACGGCGGCGGCAUCAGGAACAUGAACGCCAAAUUGUUUCCAUCCUUGGACAUUCGCGCCUUGACACCUGGUGGAGAAUUCGGUCCCUUUGCCGCCAAUUCGCAAGUCGAGGUUCCAAUCGAAUCCGACCUGUUUGUGGGAUCCAUGAUUUUGCUCAUUCGUCCCAACGAUCCCACCCAAGAUCCCUAUUGGAACGAACGUAUCUUUUCCAAAAAGAAGCGACGGGUCAUUUUGUUCUUGCAAGGAAAGCUCAAGUAUACUCCGGAAGGUCCCUUGUACUCAGGCUUGGAAAUUAAUCAACCCAUGAAGUUGGGACUGAUGGCAUCCGGGCUGUGCAACCUCAUUCUGACGUUCAUUCAAAAGUUUGAUCCCUCGUUGCAUUAUUCCUUCGGGGACAAGGAAGAAAGCGCGCACAUGACGAGUACGGUAGAAUGCUUCUUUGAUCAGAUUGUGGUGACGCAUCCCGGUGAAACACCACCCAAGUUGGGAGAAGAUUUGAACGAACCCGCGGAAUCGGUCAAAGCCCGCAAGGCCUCCAAGCAAAAAAUCCAAUGGAAUAAUCAAGAUACUUACUCUUUGGCAUUCCAUACCAUGUAUGUCGAUUUCCCAUCUUGGACAACUUCCAAUGUUCCGUUGGUCCGAGACAUGAAGUUGCAAACCUUUUGGGGCAAUUCCUUGUUGAAUAUUGUCUUGUACGAAAUGGAUCAUGGACAGAAACGACAUAUCCGCAAGGACAUCAAGUAUAUCAUGUCGAUUCAAUUGAAAUAUUUGAAACCUCAUGAGCGACAGAAUAAUACCGAAGAAGAAUAUUCCAUUGGACUGAAUAGUUCCGAGGAAGAGUCAUCGGAAAUGCGUGGUGAUUCGAGCUGGGGAGCGCUGACGGUCGACGAUGAAGUGGAUUUUUCCUUCCGGGAAGAUCCGACAGAAUCGGCAGAAGUCGAUGAAAGUGAAGAAUUCUUUGACACGGUGCAGAUUGAUUCCAACGAAGGAGCUUCCUUGCCGAAUACGCCACCCACAAUUGGUGCCUCCUUUUCGCCUGCCUUUGUAUUGAGCGCCGUUGAUGAAUACUGCCCAUUCAUGAUUGAAAUGCAUUCCCAAAAGAAGAGCUACGAAACAGUCUAUGUCUUCCGAGGGCGGUACUCUCAUUCUCGCCCAAUCUUCCGAGAUGUACGAACGGCGAGGGAAGCUUUGGUGGACUGCCGACCAUCCAUCAAUGAGGAAUGGUUCUCGCCAAGACUGACGGAUAUUGAGCGAACCCGUCGCAUCAUUGCUCUCAUGUACAUGAAGGGAUUGACAGACAAGGACGUGGAAAUUCAACAGCGCACCUUUGCCUUUCAAACCAAGAAGAGCACCUAUGAUCGCAAAUUUUUGAAAGGAUUCGAUUCUAAAAAGAAGAACAAGAAGCAGGUCAAGCCAUACUUUGCUGUAGCACGUGCUUUGAGUGAUCACCACUGGGUCGAAGAAAUGGCUCUUCUGUCGGAUCGUGACAUUCAAUUCUACCGCGUAGACAAGAAGAAACCCGGCUUUUCUAUUGGACUAUCAAGUAUUAUCAAAGUCAAGGACGUGGAUAGCACCAGUAUGCUUCAGGGGUAUUAUCACAUUUUGGCGAUUGAAACCUUUGGUCGCACCACCUAUCUCAUGUUCCCGUCCAAAGAAGAACGCUUCCGAUGGAGCCAUGAUAUUCAAGAAAAGGCCAAGGCCAAGAAUGGGCUCUUGGUUAGUGAAUCCUUGACGAACCAUUUGAUCAAUGUGGACGACCCCGCCCGAGAGUUCCUCCACAGGAGUACCAUGUUUGAUUGCAGCAAGCGCAAGAUUUUGAAUUGUCGACGUUUCAGUUUCCAAGCCCCCAAACCCACCUCAAGUGAAGACACCUUGUUGCUCGCCGAGCAAGCACUCAUCAAGGCAACCGGUUUGCAAUCGUCCGGUUCUGACACUGCCUUGACCGACUUUUUGGAUUGUGCUGCCGCCCUCAAGGACGCCAAUGCCCGAGAUCUGAAUGACGACGAACGAAUGGCGUUCUUCUUGAAUGUCUAUCAUGUGGUGAUUAUGCAUGCCUUUAUCGUUUUGGGCCCUCCCAAGAAUGGUUUGGAAUGGUUGACCUACUUUAACAACUUUGCCUACCAAUGUUCGGACGACAUUUUUUCCUUGACGGAACUGGAACACAACAUUAUUCGUGCCAAGAUGAAUUUUCCAUCUCAAUUCUUUUCACGAUUUGUCAUGCCCAAGAGUCAAUUCGGGUUUGCAUUGGCAGUUCCGGAUGUUCGAAUCAACUUUGCCUUGAACAGUGGAUCGUUGAGCAUGCCUACCGCUGCGGUUCCAAUCUAUCAAGCAGAAACCAUUAACGAGCAAUUGGAUAGUACUGUCCUAAAGUUUGCUCGGCGAUCUGUCUUUUUCAACUAUGGUAAGAAGAAAGACGUGACCGUCACACUUCCAAAGAUCUGCCAGUGGUUUGCAAGUGACUUUGGGGACGGCUCGACCAGUGAUAUUCUGAAAAUGUUACAACCGUACCUUGAUCAAGAGAAACAAGCUACCUUGGAAAGGCUUUGGAGCGCCAAGAAGCAAGCCUUUGACGUCAAGAAUGUCAAGUUUCUUCCAUUCAUGUUUGAAUGUCGGUUCCUAACGCUCGAAGAACAGUCCAAUUUUACCAUUGAAUAA